CAGGAGCAGCCUGGCUGCAGGCCCCUACCGAGGACUUGGGGGGGGGCGUGGACCCAAGAUGCUGCGAACAGAGAGCACCAAGCCUGGGUCCUGGGGCAGCUUCUGGGCCAUCCUGACUUUGGUGGGCCUGGCCACCCGCUCAGCCCAGCGAGCCGACGUCGGUGGGGAGGCAGCGGGCCCUUCCAUCAACCAUGCCCAGAUGCUGCUGCAGCGCCUGCAGGAACUGCUGCGGCAGGGCAACGCCAGCGACGUGGUCCUGCGGGUGCAGGCGGUGGGCACCGAGGAGGUCCGUGUCUUUCACGCCCACCGCCUGCUGCUGAACCUGCACAGCGAGCUCUUCCGGGGACUGCUGGGGAACCAGAGCGAGGUGGAGCUGCUGGAGCCCCGAGACUGCGCCGCCGUCUUUGACAAGUUCAUCAGGUACCUGUACUGCGGUGAGCUGACCUUGGUCCUGGCCCAAGCCAUCCCCCUGCACAAGCUGGCCACUAAAUACGGAGUGACCUCGCUGCGGCGCGGCGUGGCCGACUACAUGCGCGCGCACCUGGCGGGGGGCGCGGGCCCCGCGGUGGGCUGGUACCACUACGCCCAGAGCACCGGCGACGAGGCGCUGCGCGCCAGCUGCCUGCAGUUCCUGGCCUGGAACCUGUCGGCGGUGGCGGGCAGCGCCGAGUGGGCCCUCGUGAGCCCCGAGCUGCUGGCGCAGCUGCUGCAGCGCUCGGACCUGGUGCUGCAAGACGAGCUGGAGCUGUUCCAGGCGCUGGAGGCCUGGCUGGGGCGCGCGCGGCCGCCUGCGGUGACGCCGGCCAGCAGCGGCGGCGAGGCGGCAGGCGUGAGCUUCCAGAAGACCGUGCUGGUGGGCGCGCGGCAGCAGGGCCGCCUGCUAGUCCGCCACGCCUACCACUUCCACCAGAGCAGCGAGGAGGCCGGCGACUUCCUGGCGCACGCUGACUUGCAGCGGCGCAACUCAGAGUACCUGGUGGAGAGCACCCUGCACCUGCACCUCAUCGUCAAACCCGUGUACCACACCCUGAUUCGGACCCCCAAGUAGCCACGCGGGGUCGGGGAGAGAGUCCCCGUGUGCGUGACCGAGAGGGGCUGAGCUGGGGUGGAGGGUGGAGGCGGUGGUGAAUAGAGGUGACUGUAGACCUGACGCUGGGGCUGGGGCUGGGGCUGAGGCAAGGUGGUACUAGGCUACGGGUGGUAGACCAGAUGGCUGGUUUCAGAGUCGUCUGCAUAGGAUGCUCUUGGUUUUAAAUAAAAUAGCGUUCAGAGAG